AUGUACUCUACGCACUCUGCACCUCGUGUCAUUGAAUCCUCUCGUUACAUCACCAAGGCCUUGCAGAUCUACUCCUUCAAAAUCUUUGACCUAAAUGAAAACUUGAAGUGGCCACUCUAUGUGUACGGUGUGGUGGCUGCUCGAGACGCUGUGGACUUUAACCGCAACCUUCUCUUCUCCUGCUCCAGGGCUAACUGCCAAGUAGUCACAGAAAAGGAUCCUUUUUUGCACUUGACUGGCCCUUCUCGUGCAAUUGUGGCUGACGAACCUGUUGACUUUGAAGUCGAGCUAAAGAUAAAAUGUGGAACAAAUCAGUCCCAAGAUAUAGCUUUGAUCAGUUCUACUUACCACUACACUUCUAGAGGUGAUGCUGCUUUUUUCACUGGCCGCUCUUGUUCGGCAACGUUGAGCCUUGAGACAGUUCCUAGAGCGGCCCAGGCCACUAUUGUAUCUAUUCGAGUGGUUGGAGGAGUGUCUCUUUUCGAAUUUGGAGGCCGGGUUGCUUGCUCGUUCUCUACUGAGGAGUAUGUUGAUCCCACAUGCGAGCAAGUUGUGCUGGUUGAGUCUGCUGAAAAGAUUCCUGAGGAUGAUGGUUACCUUACACUGUCAAGGAAGGUUGUUACGGCAGGACUACAAGGAGGAUUGCAAGUUGCCAUACAAGCCUAUGGGGGAUCUGACCGUCCAUCCGUAUCCGGUCUUCUUUACUUCCCUUCCCAGUAUUGCAGGGUAAGUCGGCGCACAUGCUUGGUCGGUGGCUUUGAGGUGGAGGUAACUGUUGCUUGGUCGUGGUUUGUACAGGACAAGAUGGAAAUCUUGUGA